CUGCAAUAGUUCCCAGUUCACACACCACUGUCUGUUAAAUAUCCUCUAUUAUUAUUAUUAUUAUUAUUAUUAUUAUUAUUAUCAUCAUCAUUAUGAAAAAACUCCGUCAAAUACGCAUCAUUCGGAAAUUCAGCCUAUUGUUAUGAAAAAGCGAAUUUCGGGGAAACAUACUUUUUAUUCUGAAAAAAAUUAUUUGAUUAUGAUUUAAAUGCAGUAGUACUUUGUUAAAAAGUGGAUAUUGUGAAAUAUUUUAAACAAUAAAUUUUGUCUUUUCAUGGGAUAUUACAAAAUAAAUAGAUAAAUAUAAGCACUGUCUAUUUAAUUACUUAAUCGUUUCAAAAUAAAAUGGUAAAUGUAAUUAUUGGUUUAUUUAAUUCAUUAUAAAUGUAAUAAUUUCACUGAGAGUACUUUGGUCCUCCGAACUAGCGGACUUUCUUCAAAUCAAAUCAAAUGCAGAUCCAAAUCAGCUUUAAAAAGCAUGAUUCUACAUUAUACCUGUAUAAAACACAUCGUAUACUGCAGUUUAAAUAAGAUACUUCAGUUAUUAUUGAUGUACAGCUUUUUAAUUUUCUAUCAGGCUUUUUCUUUUGGUUUCAUUGUUUUCUUUCCUCUUCAGUUGCUGUAAUGAAUUGUUAUGAGUGUUCUUGGCAUCGAUUCCUCUCGCGCACUCACGCAGACUUUCUAGUGCACUUUCGCUCUCUGUCGCUGUCGCGCACACACUCGGCCUCUCUUGCGCACUUUCGCUCUCUCUCGCGGUCGCGCACAAACUCGGCCUCUCUCACGCACUUUCACCUGUCGUUCUUUCUCUCCCUAUUCGCUUCACUUUUGUCUUUUGUCCAGUUUGGCUCCUUAUUUGGCGCUCAGUUUGGCGAUGUUAUCGAACUGUGAGCUCGGACUCGGGUUUAAAUUCCGUACAGACGGUAAACAGCUGCAGUUCCCGCUCUGACCGCGUGAGGGCGCGGCUCAGCUUCAGGAAGAGAAAGCAAGCUCACACUCUGUGAUGGCAGGGGAGUACUGCUCCAUGGUGAACCGCGUUAUAGGUGUGUUAACUAUAGACGAGUGUAAAAAGCUGAUGUUUCUGACUACUGACCUUCUCUCUGGGCAAAGAGUGGAGGACACACGAUCAGCACUCGUCGCCAUGGUAACAUGCAGGGGUCAGUCACGCCCUGCGGAUGUCAUCAUGAUGGAAAUAUUGUUUCAUCUAAAGCGCUUUGACAUUCUGAAACAGAUUCUGGGAAAAACCAGAGAGCAGGUGGAGGAGGAACUGAGGAGGGGUGGAAUCAUCUCAAAUUACAGGGUUCUGAUGAUGGAUCUGAGUGAGAAUAUGGAGAGAAACGAGUUAGAGUCGAUCAUUUUCAUGCUGCACAACAAGAUAACGAAAAACCAAGCAAAGCAGAUAACUAGUUUUCUGGAUGUGGUCUGUGUGUUGGAGCAGACAGGAGAGGUGUCAAGUGUGAAGUUGGAGCUGAUUGAAGAGUGUGUGAGGAACAUCAGGAGAAAUGACCUGAUCAAAAAAAUUCAGUCAUACAGAGUGUGUGAGACAGUGAAGCUCUCUGUGUGUGAGACUGGAGUUCAGCACAGUCAGGUUUCUGUAGAUGAGUAUAAUAUGAAUUAUGAUCUUCGGGGAGUGUGUGUGAUUAUAGACUCCACUGGCAAUGGUGGAGCGCUGCUGACACACACGUUCAGGCAGCUUGGCUUCCACGUGUUUCCUUACACACAGACAGAAGUGUGUGAAGUAUGUGAAGUGAAUUUAAUAAUGAAGACCAUCAACCAGAACUCAAUCCUCCAGAGAGCUGCCGUGUUCACCUGCUUCAUGCUGAACACCCACACACAUGCCUCACACACACCUCCACUGAACACACACAUUAAGUUGAUGGAGGCUUGUGUGGAGUGUGAGAUGCUGAAAAAGAAACCCAAACUAUUCUUCAAUCAUACAAUCAGAUCAGAUCAGAAUCUUCAGACUGACGCACUACCCUGCACCACACACACUCCUCACACACAUCCACUACACAAUGCUGAAGAUGUGCUGUGGAGUGUGUGUGAGACAGGGGUUGAGGUUCUAGAUGGGAAUGAACACAACUCUGUCUACCUGCAGUCAAUAAGCUCCGCCCUCCUGCAAGGUCACACCAGGAGGCUUCAUGUGCUUGAUGCCCUCAUUGAAGUUAACAGAGAGAUUUUGGAACACAAUCUGAGAAAUCCAGACAACAGACAUCACCUCACAUUCACACAUACACUGCGCAAGAGGUUGUACCUAUAACACACACACACACACACAAACACACACACUGCACAAGAGGUUGUACCUAUAACACACACUGCGCAAGAGGUUGUACCUAUAAAACACACACACACACACACACACUGCACAAGAGGUUGUACCUAUAACACACACAUACACAUAUAUAUAUACACACACACUGCGCAAGAGGUUGUACCUGUAACACACACCUACACAUACACUGCACAAGAGGUUGUACCUAACACACACACACAGACUGCGCAAGAGGUUGUACGUAUAAUACACACACAUACACACACGCAAAAAAGUCUGUACCUAUAACAUACACCACAGAAUUGAACUCCUUUUGAAAUCCGUAUUUAUUCUUAUUUAUAGAUAUAAAUACCAGCACAUUUUUUUAUAUACACAAGAAGUGAAAUCACAAAGUUUUUCAGCUCUAGAGCCAUAGAGCAAUGAUGUAGCUGAGUGACGUAUAGCAGUAAUGUAUUUCAGAGGUAUAGCUCAGUGAUCUACAAUCAUAGAGCAGUACAUUAUGCAGUGAUGUAGCUCAGAGGUGUAGGCAGUGCAGGUGCAGCUCAGAAAUGCUCUAUGGAUACAUAAUUAAUUUCAUUUAACUAUCAGACUGUAAGUUUAACAUGUUUAGGCUUAUUUGUGUGAAAUUUAACUUGGGCAGCUUAAUAAUAAUAAUAAUAAUAAUAAUCUUGCUAACAGGAAAACAGAGUUAAUGAAUAUUAUGUAUUGAAUAUCUCAUAACACUGUUGUUUAUACUUUAUUAAAAUAUACAGUGUAGAGUGUUAAAAUGCCAAAUAAAACAGUAGCGCAUUUUA